AAUAAGCUUCCCAAUCAGCUCGCCGGGGGAAGAGCGCUCCCUCCCUCGCCGGCCGGCGCCCUCCCUGCCCGCGCGCAGCUCCCCCAUCCUCCCCUUCCCUUCCGUCCCCUCCCUGUCGGGGCGGAAUCGAGUCCAAGGCAGGAUCAGGUUCCCCGCCUUCCAGUCCGAAAAUCCCGCCAAGGGAGCCGCCGAGCCGAGGAAGCCCGAGGUGAAGCCAGCGGGAGAAAGAGACCAGCGAGCCGGUCCCCGCCAGCAGGGAGGGAGCAGCCCGCGCCGCCCGCAGCAGCCACCGGGUACCUGGACCGCGAGCAGCAAACCUCGCCCCUUUCAACAAAGGCAGCCCGAGCGCAGACAGCGCGUUUACAACUCAAAAAUGCAGUCCCAACAGUACCUGCAGCAGCGUCGAAAAUUUGCAGCUGCCUUCUUGGCAUUCAUUUUCAUUUUGGCAGCUGUGGACACUGCUGAAGCAGGGAAGAAAGAGAAACCAGAAAAGAAAGUGAAGAAGUCUGACUGUGGAGAAUGGCAGUGGAGUGUGUGUGUGCCCACCAGCGGAGACUGUGGGCUGGGCACCCGGGAGGGCACCCGCAGUGGAGCUGAGUGCAAACAAACCAUGAAGACCCAGAGAUGUAAGAUCCCCUGCAACUGGAAGAAGCAGUUUGGAGCGGAGUGCAAAUACCAAUUCCAGGCCUGGGGAGAAUGUGACCUGAAUACCGCCUUGAAGACCAGAACUGGGAGUCUGAAGCGAGCCCUCCACAAUGCUGACUGCCAGAAGACCGUCACCAUCUCCAAGCCCUGCGGCAAACUGACCAAGCCCAAGCCUCAAGUCAGGUAUGGGUAUAAGCUCACCUCCUUUGAAAAGGAGAAGGUAAGCUUUGUAAUGCUCAAUCCUGAUAAGCCAUAUGACCUCCCAAACAAAGGUGACAUUUUCUACAACAUUAUUUCUAAAACUAUUCUGGAAGACAUCCCUCAGAAUAAAGCUCUCAGGAAGACAGGGACCUGA